GUGACAUUUCCAUUCAGGAGUUUCCGUAAACAGUUUCUCAAUGACAGCAACUUCCGUCUUUCUAAAAUGUCUGAACCGGCGUUCAAAGUAUUAGCACAACUCGUUCGAAAGCUCAUCAAUUACCUCAGAACGAUGGGCGAUGGCCGAGACAAACGCAUAUCGCGCUCCAUCGUCUACGCCAUUCUGACUGAUGACGAAACUGAUCCCCGAAGACGCAUCCGAAUAUGGCGGAAUAUACUCAAAUUUUUCAGACUCUACGGCCUCACUCUUGUUAGACUGCGUCCGGAACUGUUUCGAAAGCUGCGUACGGAGACCUGGGGUCUUUCCACCGAUGAAUACAAGUCCAGCUUUGUGGACGCUGACUCCCUGGUACCAAAGGGAGACAUGGGAUAUUCCGGCUCUACAUUCUUCACAACGACUGACAACAAAUACCUCCUAAAAUCCAUCCCACGUCAAUUCGAGCAUUCCUUUUUCCGCGACGACCUGCUCGAACCAUAUGUCACACACAUGCAGACGCACCCCAGGUCCCUCCUGGUCCGAAUCACAGAUUUCCUCGGCUGGCGGUAUAGCAGUAUCGGUGGGAUUUUGCGACUCGCACCAGCCUACCACCUCGUCAUGGAAAACUUGUUGCACGGCCAAGCCGACGACUCCAACUGGCAGACCUUUGACCUGAAACCGAUGUCGUAUUUCUUUCCAGAGCGCGACAUUGCGGGCGGCAGGCUAGCGAGCCAAGCGACAAAGUCCAAACUCGCAGAUGAUUUCAAUGACAAACUCGUCCUCAGCAGGGAACAAGCAGACUCUUUCUUUCAAGCUCUCGAAGCAGACACGGAGCUCCUCGCCAAGCACAACGCCGUGGACUAUAGCCUCAUGCUCGUUCGGAUCCCACGAGAUUCGUCGACUCCGAUACAGGAUGACCCCUUCAGUGAUCCGCCGAGUUGGCGAACGGGCGUACCUUCGCAGGAUCACAAGUGGCUUCUUCGGGCAGUCAUCCUGGACUUCUUCUGGGCAAAGCACAAAGUCCACGCGAAGGCUAUGACGUUCUUGAUCAAGGCGUGGAACCUGAUUGAUCGAAAAGGUCCGAUGAGUAUCACGACUGACGCACCAGAGUAUCGAGGGCGCUUUUUGGAGAUGUGUAGGGAAAUGGUGGAGAUCAAGGAGAACGCAGUGGUUGGUGCCUGAGACAAGUACUUCCCACACCGCGGGUCAGUGUGCACUUUGUGUGUGACCGGAAAGCAAAUGGGAUGGGUUUCGGUGUUUCGAUGGAAGAACCCGCCCCUCUCUGGAUUUUAUAUGUUCAGUUUAUUAGCAAGCAAGUGCAAAGGCGCAAUUCAUGCAUGGUACAUAGCAAAGAGAUACCCCUGGGAAGGAUUGUUUGUCG